AGGAAAAGUGUACAAUUCUGUUCCUAACUGUCACUGCGGCGGCGAGGCGGCGAUGGCGCCCGCCGUGGUGCUCCUCGUGGUGGGCCUGUUCCACCGCACCGUUGCUCAGCACACUCUGCUGCCAGACGACCAAGCGUCGCAGGCGCUGAGGGCGGCGGCGGCGUCGGUCCUCGCAGCACACUCGCCGUGCCAGCACACGGCGGUGCUCGUCACUGACACUCAAGAGGAAGGAGUAAUGCUGCAGGCACCGCGAGGGCUGGCUGUGUUGCAAGCGGCGGGUGCCGGCAACGUGCGCGGCAACACAUCGCAGACCAACCUCAGGCACACGGCCGAAAAGAUCCGCCAGGCAGGUUAAUGACCCAAAAAUGCAUUAAUGUAAUGAUUCUUAUACAUUGUGAUAUAUAUUUCUAAUAUUCGUAAGUCUUUAAUCCCCAACAGAUGGGAGAGACGUGGCACUGCCUGGUGGUGGUGGUGGUGAGUGAUGACCCAGCUUUCCUCGCCGCCUUCGCUCACCUGUCACUCAGACGUCAGGCCCUCAGAUGGUCCACGAGGAUCCUUGUCCUCACUCGCCUCCCUCUCAACCACCUUGGCGGCCUGCACGGCCUUCUCUCCAACAGGAACGCCAUGCUGCUGCACGUACAGAAGGGCAAGGAGGAUGUCAGGUGACUGAAUAAAUCUAGACGUGUCUUUUGCUGUAUUACGAAUGCUAUAACUUGAAUUGAAUGUAAGAUUUAGAGGCAAACAUAAGUUAACUUUUUUUACCAAACUUUUGCUCUUCAGCACCGUAAUGGAGUGUCCUCCACACUGAAAUGUAUCGCAGGAGUGCCUCAUUCAGACCAAUCACACAGUAUACUUUUGUUGGUUUUGGUAAUCAUCCUAAAGUGAAAUAAUAUAAUCGUGCAGUAAAGUGAACGUGCUGGUGUGGCAGCCGUACAGCGCCCCCGCCAGCAGGCCCCUGAGGGUGGCCACUUGGACGCCUCACGGGAGGCUGACUCUCGCCUCCCACGUGUCGCUCUUCCCCGAUAAGUUCUCUGUGUUGGUAAAACUCUGAUUCCUUCUUCACGCUUUACGUUCUGAA